AUAUUUAAUAAUGUUUGAAGUUUGAUAAUUAUUUGUGUAAAAAUUUUACAAUUUAUUUACAUAUACUGUAUUGUAAUUUAAUCAAGCUUGAUAAUAAUUGUCAUUUUACUUUAAAAUCAUUAUCAUAAUUUUAAUCAUGAAUUUCGUGGAUUACGAUCAUCGUUACGAUAAAUCCAGUCAGUAUGAAAAUGACGAUGGUGCUUUUGCCAGUGAGGGGCAUUGUCACGUUCAGGUCAGACAGCCACAGCACAACCAUGGCUUAUCACCAUUUGUCACCAGUCCUCCAGCCAUUGCCAACUGUCCGCCGGGUCUCGAGUAUCUAUUGGCCAUCGACCAGAUACUAGUGCACCAAAAGAUUGAACUAUGCGAAGCGUUUUGUGGCUGCGAGACAAACAACCGAUAUCAAAUUAAAAACAGUUUGGGCCAGAAAAUUUAUUAUGCUAAAGA